AUGGCCUACCAUUCACUUCCCCUAUCAUUGAAUCUGUUCACAAAUGCAUUACUUAAGCAAAUGAGUAGCGAAUCUGAUUAUGACAUAAGUGUUACAAACAAACCAUUGAUGAUCGACUGGUCAGGCGCCCAAUUGGACAGAUACUUCACUGGAUCCGACUACUCGACGAUUGCAAUAUUCAUCACUUUUGUCUUAUAUUUUAUGCAAACCUAUGUCUCUGAGUUCAUCUCAUUCCUCACACCCGUCACACUAUUCUUCAAUUGUAUCACUUAUUUGAAUCAAAUUAUUCACAAUAAUUACUGUCAACUCAUCGAUGAGUCGAUUAAGACUUCGUGUCUAAAUCAUGGAUACAAUGAGAGGAAUAUCUGCUGUCUUCCUAAUUGCCAAACAAACUCCACAUCAUAUGAACAAUUUUAUGAUAAACCAGUUCACGGGAUAAUUGUUGACGAUUUUUAUCCAGACUGUUAUCAACAGAUAAAUCCAUUUAAACUUAUCAAUGUCUAUUUUGUUCGGUUCAUAGUUUAUGGCAUUUUAUAUAUGGCUAUAAUUAUCAUAAUUGAAACAAAACCAUAUAAAACAUUAUUUAAAUUCUUGCAAAGAAUUAUCACCAAAAAAGUUAAUAACAGAAACAGUGAUGAACUCCAAGAAGUCAAUGAAGUCAACGACAAUACAAAUGUGAGACAAGAAUAUGAAACGGUUUCGCAACUGAUUGCGAGUGAAAACUAUGACAGCGUUUCACUAAUUGUCGAUAAGUUGACUAAAAUGUUCAGCAAAUCGCUUACAAUUCCCAAUAAGUUGUCAUUUGUGGUGAACAAAGAGGAAUGUUUCGGUUUAUUGGGAACUAAUGGCAGCGGAAAGACAACGACAUUCCGAUUACUGACAGGAGAUCUCGAUAUGGACUCAGGAAAUGCAUACCUGGGCUCAGACGCCGACCUAUUGCAUAAUAAACGAGUGUUUUAUUCAAAGAUUGGUUAUUGUCCUCAAAAUGACGCCCUUUUGGAUCGACUGACAGGAAUGCAAACACUUGUCUUCUUCGGCCGACUCAGAGGUCUUGAGAGGAAUGCUUUGCAGACAUUCAUCGCAAACAUUACGGAAAAGUUUGAAUUAAAGUCUAUAAUCCAUAAGCGAUUGUCUACUUAUAGUGGGGGUAAUCGGCGAAAGUUAUCGCUGGCCGUAGCCCUCAUAGGCACCCCUCGGCUCCUACUCUUGGAUGAGCCAACCAAUGGUGUCGACCCGGACUCAAGACUUAAAAUAUGGAGUCUCUUAAGAGAUCUGAUGUCUAACUCCAAAGUCUCGAUACUAUUAACCUCUCAUAAUAUGAGUGAAUGCGAGGCCCUAUGCUCUCGAUUAGCCAUUGUCUCCAAUGGUGUCAUCAAAACCAUUGGUUAUGUCUCUCAACUUAAGUCCUCUUAUGCUAAAGGAUUUGAUAUUAUCUUAAAAGUGAGAAAUGAUGCAAACGAUGAGAUUAUUGAGGCAUUAAAGGCUAGAAUAAGUGAAAUAUUCGGUGAUAAAUGUCUCAUAAAAUACGAUAAUUUUGGAGUCAUUUACUAUAACCUCAUUCGACGGGACAUUAAGUUAUCGCAAAUUUUUCAUUCGUUACAAGAAUUGAAAAAUGAGUUCCCGUUAGAGGACUAUUUCGUGGCCAACGCUAGUCUUGAACAGGCAUUCCUCUCAAUGGUGGCAAUGGAUGAGACAUCCAGAAGAGUCGGUUACGAUAUACUUCAUAAUACUAGUGAUGCUAACGAUACAAACGAGUAA